AUGCACACAUCUGACGCUUCGCGCUGUGUGGUUUCUCCUCCUCUGGCGGAUCCCGAUCAACGCAUUGUCAAUACACGCCUGCUAGUCGAGCAAGAGCUUGCAAUAGCGAGACUGGCUCGGCACCACAUCAGUCCCCCGGACUCAUGGACCGACCCGCACGCUGUAGCUCUCACCCUGGCCGCUGUCCAGGUGUUGACAGAGGAAGCUAAGGAAAAAGGAAUAAAACUUAAGAAGCAACUGCCAGUUAUGUUUAUUGAAACACAAGAGACUUCUAAGGAAAGCGAUUUUGGGCCAGCACGUCAUACAAGCACUUGGACGAGAUUGCCUGAGACACUGGCAACGGGCCUACCUUCUCGCGUAUUGCGGCGCGGGGCUGCGGAGCUGAAUCUUCGUCUACAAGCAUAUGAGAAGGAGCUUGAGAAAGUAGAGGCGCACUUGAAGAAAACUGCGCGUGAGGCAGAGGUACUGGAAAAGCUAGCCCCGCUGCUGACGGUGGAGAGGGAUCCUGGGUGGCUGCUUGAGAAAGCGAGACAGAAAGUUGAAAGCCUCCUGCAGCAGCACGGAAGGAUCAUGACGCAGGAAGAGGCGGAGGAGGCAAACCUGAUUGCGGCGCGGGCAAGACGUACCGGAGUCUCUUUGUAACCCCGUACAGGGCCGUUUCUCUCAUGUAAUGCGCCGUGAACAAGGCGGAAACCGAAUCAAAACUCCCACUUCUCUUCAAUACCAACCACGCUAUCGGCACCGAGACCAGGCCUACCACUGUGACCUUAAUAUUGUAUGCCGCAAAGAAUGACUUUGCGUGGCGAGGACAAACAAACAUUCGAAUGCGAGCAAGAAACACCGCCGAGAGUGAAGGCGGAAAGGCCCGCGCCGGCUGUGGCAUAGAGAAGGGAGAAGACUAGAAAUGAAGCAGAUGCGGAGGGCGUUUCGCGUUUAGUAGUAGCGAGGAUUAGAAAGAAGGCAGGAAAAUCUGUAGCAACGGUCUGCAAUAGCUGACUGACGUACACGUAUCAUGGACCACCAACCAGCGACUAUCAAGUUAUUGGCCAGAUAGCCCGACGCGAUCCCUACCAGAGCCUGCAGCUGCAGGGGGGCGAGGGUAAAAGCAGCCAGCUAUGUGACGUCGAUAUCAUAUAUCAGAGUCUACAAGAAAGGACUUAGGAUGAGGGGAAGUUAGCUCAAAGUAGGAUCGAGAUCACACAGUCUUACUUUGGUCGGCAGGACAACAACCGUCAGAUUUAUACAGCUUUCCGUUUAACCACAUGGCCGUCCCUGCCGUUCUCUUUGGCUUUUCUUGCUGUAGUACGAGGGAAGCCAAGAGAGAAAUCGCUGCUACCCCAUACCUGCGUUUAUUAAGCUACUAGGGUGAGUAUCAACCUGGCUAAGGCCCACAUCGAUCCUCCAGGCGGGGCGGAGGAAGCGAUAGAGGGAGAGGCGGCCGUCGACAGAGCGAACGUUAGCGUGAGGUCGAUGCAUUGAGGCUCGGAUGAUAAAGUAUGUAUUUGGCAAACUAUGCCCUUCUUCGCAUUUUG